UCCAUCUUGCAAUGCAAUAGCACACACUCGCACGUCCCCAUAAGGUUAAUCAUUUCUGGUAAGCGUUAUGAAGGUGCAACACCAGAUGAGCAUUUCAGUGAUUCAUCAGCAUAGCCAUGAGCAGACCGACGAUGCUACAGCACCUAACACUCCUGUGGGACUGUCCUCUCGUGAUCGUCGUCAUUUUCAUAUCGGGGAUCGGCGGGACGUUUCAGUACGGAUUCGGAAUAUCUUCCAUGACGUCCCCUUCCGCUUACAUCAAGGAGCUGGUGAACCAAACGUGUAUACAGAGAUACGACGUCUACCUCCGAGACUGGCAGGUGUCACUCAUCUGGUCCUUCACCGUCUCCAUUUUUUGCAUCGGGGGCUUGCUGGGCUCGUUGCUGGCGGCUCCGUGCCUCUCGACAAUUGGCAGAAGAAAAUGUCUGUUGUUCAACAAUUUGGUGGCGAUGGUCGGCGCCGUGCUGAUGCUCUUGAGCCAACGAGCCAUGUCCUUUGAGAUGAUCAUGGCGGGGCGAUUUCUGUACGGCGUCAACGCAGGAAUCAGUCUCUGUGCUCACUCUUUGUACACCGUCGAAUGCACCCCAAAGAUCCUGCAGGGUGUGGUGGGUGUGACCAUUGCCACUUUUAUCUCCAUGGGGAAGUUUGUUGGUCAGCUUUUGGGGCUCAGCGAGUUACUUGGCACAGAGGACAGAUGGCCCUGGCUGCUCGGCUUCAGCGGUUUCGCUGCGCUGUUUCAGCUCGUCAGCCUCUCCUUCUUGCCGGAGUCUCCCAAAUUUCUACUGCUCAACCAAGGCGACCAACGGGCUUGCGAAAAAGCUUUGACGAGGCUUUGGGGUAACAAGGACCACAGCGUGGAGGUGGAGGAGAUGCUGGAGGAGAAAGUUACUCUCCAGAACACCCGAAGCCGCUCUGUGAUGGAGCUGUUUCGGGAGAGAAGCAUUCGCUGGCAGCUGAUCACCAUUAUCGUGACGUUCUUAUCGCUGCAACUUUCUGGCCUCAACGCAGUGUACUUCUAUUCUCAAGAAGUGUUUCGUGCAGCUGGCAUUCACGAAGACCAGCUCCGAUACGCCACUUUGGGAACGGGGAUGUGUGAAACGUUGUCCUCGCUCGUGUGCUUCGUGAUCAUUGAGAGAGCAGGAAAGAAAGUGCUGGUCUUCGCAGGAUUUAUGGCCAUGACGGUUGCGCUCGUCCUCCUCACCAUCACGCUCUAUCUGCAGCAUUACAUCCCCUGGACUUCGUACUGCAGCAUGGCCCUCAUUUUCAUAUUCCUCUUCAGUUAUUCCAUUGGGCCAGCCGGCGUACUCGCUCCUCUUCCAGGUGUUAUUUUCACUCAGGCGUUCAAAGCGAGCGCAUUCACCGUCGGCUUCGCCAUCAACUGGAUUGGAAUGUUCAUCGUGGGGAUGCUCUUCCCCAUCUUAGUGGAGAACCUCGAUUCCUUCAGCUUUGUCAUAUUCCUGUUGGUGUGCUUGACGACCGGACUGUACGUGUACUUCAACGUGCCGGAGAUGAAGAAUAAAAGCGCUCUGGAGAUCGCCGUCGACUUUGACCGGAUGCACAGCAAGUCUGGAAGGUGGAAGGGGAAAAAGAAGGAUGAGCUGCCACCCAACGUCUGUACAACUUCACAGACCAAAUUUUAGCUUGAACUGGUGAAGAUCAGCUGGCAAAAACUUGAAAUCUCAAAGAUGAUGUUGAAACGAGGGAGAUUAAAAUAUGGUACUGUCUUCUUUCUUA